UUUUACUAAGCACAGAUGUUUUAGAUUUAUUAGCUUAAUUUUAUUUAUUUUUUGUUUGGGCAGAUAGAAUUGCAAUUAAGUCCCCACGUACUUAAUUACGUAACGUAGGUACUUUUUUUUUGUGUUAUAAGACAAUAAGUAAUAUUAAUCAAGAAUAAUCACGGGUAUUGAAUAAAUAUUGAUAAAAUUAUCACUAUGACAUCGAAAAUUCUACCUCUGUUUUUGGAAGGUCAAGUUGUUAAAGGAUUUGGAAGAGGAUCCAAACAAUUAGGCUGCCCUACAGCAAAUUAUCCUUUGAGUGUUGUCCAGUCGCUGCCUGAUGGUUUGGAGUCUGGAGUCUAUUAUGGUUGGGCUCAAGUAGACGUAGGACCUAUUCAUAAAAUGGUGGCUAACAUUGGGUGGUGUCCCUUCUACAAAAAUAAAGAAAUGUCUGUGGAAACCCACAUCAUGCACAAAUUUGAAAAGGAUUUUUAUGAUUCUAAUUUGAAAAUAGCUAUAGUUGGCUACUUAAGAGGAGAGAAAAAUUUUGAUUCAUUAGAAGAUCUAAUACAGGCUAUUAAAAUGGACAUACACCAAGCAGACCAAAAACUAGAACAAGAGGAUGCCAAAAAACUAGUAACACAUACCUUUUUUAACAAAUUAUAGUGAACAUAUGUUACAUAUGUUUUCCAAAGAUAUUUAAAUAAAC